AUGCUGCACCAUAAAGGCAUCGAAGGCGUCGAGGACUACCAGCUCGGCGGGUUCCAUCUCGUGUCCAUUGGGGACUGCUUUGCCCAAAAGCGCUACAGGGUGGUGCAUAAACUAGGCUAUGGAGGCUCGUCUACCGUCUGGCUCGCACGCGACCAGGAAGGGCCGGAAAGACUCGUUACUCUCAAGGUCAUGCGUGCCGACGCUUCGUCCGCACGCACGAGCGAGAUCCCCGCGCUGAUCGUUGAUGAUCAUUUCGUCGACCAAGGUCCGAAUGGCACUCGCUUGUUCAUUGCCUUUCCAUUCGCUGGCCCUAGCGUUCUUGCUAUGUCGGACUGUCCAGGACGAACAAUCGGGAGCCGGCGGGCGUUGUUAAUGGGGGUGAGAAACAAGCUUCCAGUCUCAGGCUCUCAGCGGUACUUGAUGACGGAGACUGACUUCCAGAUAUCACCACAUCGAACAUCUCAUUCGCCCCUUCGCCCCACGUCCUCAGAUGGGCCAGAUGCGGACUUGUACGCCGGUUUGGGCGAGCCCGAGACAGAGGAGGACAGAGCUCGUGGCGGCACUCCCUGCCCUCCCAGCGCGCCAGCCGAGCUUCAGAGCAUCAUUCUCGGCGACUUUGGCCAGUCGUACGCCGUCGCGUCUCCGCCCCGAGGCUAUAAUCCCGCCACCGUGUUCAACUACGUUUCGCCGGAGGCACGCUUCGAGGGACGCGCGGGCUUGGAGGCGGACGUGUGGGCGAUCUUCGAGAUCCGCACGGGUCGCCCGCUCUUUGAGUCCUUCUUUGGUAGCGACGCGGACAUACUCAACGUAUUUGAAGAGCGUGUCGCGUGGUUCGAGGAGGAUGGGGAGCCGAAGAGCGUGGAGGAUCAGGCACGUGCUGGAGUUUUACUGAAGGCGUCGAAGAGCUCUAUUCGAGAGCAGUUGCGCUCAGUAGGUGUGCAGGACGAGGCACCGUCCGUUCACGAGGGACGGAUGAUCGAGCCGUCUGGCGUGAGACUGCGGGAGGAAGAGGUCGAGCCGUCGGGGGAUCUAUUGGGGAAGAUGCUGAAGUAUCGUCGCGAGGAGAGGAUUAAGAUGGAGGAGGUUAUCACACACCCAUGGUUCAAUUCUACAGAUUGA